GGGCGGGGCCGGGCCGGACCAGGGCGGGACCAGCCGCCGCUGUCUCCGUCUCGGUCUCCCGUCUCCCACAGCGUCCGGGCAGCCGCAGCGGGAGGAGCGGAAACUGCCGGGUCUGGGCUUUCUUCGGAGACGCCUCCGCCACGAACCGUGCCGCUCUGCCAGCGCAUCCCCGGCCCUGCCCGCCUCGGUCCGGGCCGCUGCCAGCCUCGCUGCCCUCAGGGGGCCUCAGAUCCCCCCAAGCCUAGCCCAGCCCGGCCCGGCCCAGACCGGCCCGCGCCUCCAUCCUCGGCCGCCGGGGUCCCACCUGUGCAACCCGCGCCAUGGCGGAGCAAGAGAGCCUCGAGUUCGGCAAGGCGGACUUCGUGCUCAUGGACUCGGUCUCCAUGUCCGAGUUCAUGGCCAACCUCAGGCUCAGGUUUGAAAAAGGACGCAUCUACACAUUUAUUGGAGAAGUCGUCGUUUCUAUGAACCCAUAUAAAUCCUUAAACAUCUAUGGAAGAGACACAAUUGAACAGUAUAAAGGACGUGAGCUCUAUGAAAGGCCGCCUCAUCUCUUUGCCAUUGCUGACGCUGCUUACAAAGCAAUGAAGAGGCGAUCAAAAGACACUUGUAUUGUGAUAUCAGGUGAAAGCGGUGCUGGGAAAACUGAAGCCAGCAAAUAUAUAAUGCAGUAUAUUGCUGCCAUCACGAAUCCCAGCCAGAGAGCAGAGGUUGAAAGGGUGAAGAAUAUGUUACUGAAAUCCAAUUGUGUACUGGAGGCCUUUGGAAAUGCCAAAACCAACCGUAAUGACAACUCCAGCAGGUUUGGAAAGUAUAUGGAUAUCAACUUUGAUUUCAAAGGGGAUCCCAUAGGAGGACACAUAAAUAAUUACUUACUAGAAAAGUCUCGAGUGAUUGUGCAGCAGCCCGGAGAAAGAAGCUUUCAUUCCUUCUACCAGUUGCUUCAAGGGAGUUCUGAGCAGUUGCUGCGUUCUUUACAUCUCCAGAAGGGCCUCUCGUCUUAUAACUAUAUCCGUGGAGGAGCUCAGCUAAAGUCUUCCAUCAAUGAUGCUGCAGAUUUCAAAGGUGUAGCAGAAGCCAUGAAAGUGAUUGGCUUCAAACCGGAGGAGAUUCAAACCGUUUAUAAAAUUCUGGCUACUAUACUCCAUUUGGGUAAUUUAAAAUUUAUAAUGGAUGGUGAUGUAACUCUGAUUGAAAAUGGCAAAGUUGUCUCCAUCAUCGCCGAAUUGCUCUCUACUAAGUCUGAUAUGGUUGAGAAAGCCCUGCUUUACCGGACUGUGGCAACAGGACGCGAUAUCAUCGACAAGCAGCACACUGAACAGGAAGCCUGCUAUGGCCGAGAUGCCUUUGCAAAGGCAAUAUACGAGCGUCUUUUCUGCUGGAUUGUCACCCGCCUCAAUGAUGUGAUUGAGGUGAAGAACUAUGACACCAUCAUUCACGGGAAAAACACCGUCAUCGGGGUCUUGGAUAUCUAUGGUUUUGAGAUCUUUGACAACAACAGUUUUGAGCAGUUCUGCAUCAAUUACUGUAACGAGAAGCUGCAGCAGCUCUUCAUUCAGCUGGUUCUGAAGCAAGAGCAGGAAGAAUACCAGCGAGAAGGGAUUCCUUGGAAGCACAUUGAUUAUUUUAACAACCAAAUCAUCGUUGAUCUGGUGGAACAGCAGCACAAAGGGAUCAUUGCUGUACUAGACGAUGCCUGUGUAAAUGUGGGCAAAGUGACCGAUGAAAUAUUCCUGGAAGCCCUAAACACAAAACUGAACAAGCAUGCACAUUUCUCCAGCCGCAAGCUCUGUGCCACAGACAAAACCCUAGAGUUUGAUCGAGAUUUUCGAAUUAGACAUUAUGCUGGAGAUGUAGUCUAUUCAGUCAUUGGCUUCAUUGACAAAAACAAAGACACGUUAUUUCAAGAUUUCAAGCGCUUAAUGUACAACAGUUCAAAUCCUGUGCUGAAGAACAUGUGGCCUGAAGGCAAAUUGAGCAUUACAGAGGUUACCAAACGACCUUUAACAGCUGCUACCUUGUUUAAGAAUUCCAUGAUUGCCUUAGUAGACAACCUGGCAUCAAAGGAACCAUAUUAUGUACGUUGCAUUAAGCCAAAUGACAAAAAAUCCCCUCAGCUGUUUGAUGAAGAGCGUUGCCGGCAUCAGGUGGAGUAUCUCGGGCUACUGGAAAAUGUGAGAGUGAGGCGGGCAGGAUUUGCUUACCGUCAGACCUACGAGAAGUUUCUUCACAGAUACAAGAUGAUCUCUGAAUUUACCUGGCCCAACCAUGACCUCCCUUCAGACAAGCAAGCUGUGGAAAAACUGAUUGAAGGCUGUGGUUUCCAGGAUGACGUGGCUUAUGGAAAGACCAAAAUUUUUAUCCGAACUCCCAGGACACUUUUCACCUUGGAAGAACUCCAUGCGCAGAUGCUUGUAAGGAUUGUCCUCUUUCUGCAAAAGGUGUGGAGGGGCACCAUAGCCCGAAUGAAAUACAAGAGGACAAAGGCUGCUCUGACCAUCAUCAGGUACCAUCGGCGCUACAAAGUCAAGGCGUACAUCCAGGAGGUCCACAGACGCUUGCAGGGGGUCAAGAACAUGAAGGACUAUGGGAAGCAUGUGAAGUGGCCAACUCCUCCUAAAGUUCUGCAUCGCUUUGAAGAGGCCCUCAAGGCGAUUUAUCAGAGAUGGAGAGCAGCCCAGCUUAUCCGGAGCAUCCCCCCUGCAGACUUGCCACAGGUCAGGGCAAAGGUUGCUGCCAUGGAGAUGCUGAAAGGUCACAGAGCUGACCUUGGCCUCCAGAGAGCCUGGGAAGGAAACUACCUGGCGGCAAAGCCAGACACUCCACAGACCACAGGCACUUUUGUCCCUGUUGCCAAUGAACUAAAGCGGAAGGACAAAUACAUGAACGUUCUGUUUUCCUGCCAUGUGCGUAAGGUAAAUCGAUUUAGUAAAGUGGAAGAUAGAGCAAUUUUUGUUACGGAUCGCCACCUCUACAAGAUGGACCCCACCAAGCAGUAUAAAGUGAUGAAGACAAUUCCCCUCUAUAAUUUGACUGGGUUGAGCGUCUCCAAUGGAAAGGACCAGCUUGUAGUUUUCCAUACAAAAGACAACAAAGACCUCAUUGUCUGCCUUUUCAGCAAACAGCCAACCAAUGAGAAUCGAAUUGGGGAACUUGUUGGGGUUCUGGCAAAUCAUUUCAAGAGCGAGAAGCGCCACUUACAAGUCACCGUCAACAACCCGGUGCAGUGCAGCCUGCACGGCAAGAAGUGCACGGUCUCCGUGGAGACGCGCAUCAACCAGCCCGAGCCCGACUUCACCAAGAACCGCUCGGGCUUCACCCUCAGCGUGCCGGGGAACUAGCCGCCCCCCCCCGCCCCCCCCCGCCGGAUGGAGAGCUUGGACCCCUGGGAGCCCCGUCCCGGCACCUGCCUCAGCCCGGCCCGCGAGUCAGGGAACGGACUCCCAGGGAGCUUUGCGUCCUUGCUAAGCAUAAUAGAGUCCAAUCUAAUCUGCUGAAUCGCCCGCUAAUGUAGCUCAGGCCACCUGACUAGAAAUUAGCUCCGAGUGGGCUUCAGGGAGGGGGAGCGCUCUGGGACUGGACUUCCUCCUCCCUCCCCCUCCAGCCUCCCCCCCACACCCCAUGACCACUCCUGAGAGGGAACUCUUCUUCUGCCUUUCCUUUAUCCCCAACUUCCCCUUUCCCACUUGAGAAACCAAAGAGCUGGGGGGAGAGGAAGGAGGGGAAAGCAAAUCGGGGCUAACCCCCAAAGCACAAUGGCCACGCGCCAGCCGGGAGUUCCCUAAGCCUGCCCUUGCAAGGAGAAAGGUUGCUGUUUCUAACUGGUGACCCUAGAAAAGGAUGGGGAGAAGGGUUCCCUACAUCUCAAAAAGAUGCUCUUUAGAGAUUGCAUCAAAGAAAUGAGACCUGUCUCCUCCCCAGCUCAGCCUUGAAACUGAAGGCUGCCCACCUAGCUGGGGCCUCUGGCCCUCCCAUCCCCUGCCAGGAUGUCCGGGUGGCAGGAUCCCCACCCCGGUGAUGUCACUGGGGUCCCACAGGCUCAAUGGGAGACUGAAAACCAGACCUGGAGCUUUACCUCUCACUGGCAAAAAGCAGCUCCAAGCCAUUGUGUUGAGAACCUAAAGCCCAGCUCGAAUCUUCCCCAGCACAGACGGGGCACCGAGGGCCCACUUUGGAGAUUCUGCACUCUGCAGCACCUGCCCAUGAAGCUUGUAGCGGGGCGGCUGCCCUCCCCCAGAGGCCUCCUGGCCCACCUGUCCGACAGCACGAGUGGGCGCUGGCUGCUAAGAACCAUUCUCUUUCCUUCCCAUGUAACCAUCUCGGCCCUUUUCUGGUGCGAGGGUUCCUCCAUCACCUGCCUUUCCUUUUGGUCAGGAGUCCUGAUGAGAGGCGUGAGCUGGGGGGAGCAGAAGGGAUGGGGCUGGGAGCUUGUUUUUAAUAUAUCUAAUUGGGUUGGGGGCUUAUUUUGAAAUCUCUGAAUGGAGUAGGAGGGAAGUAGCAUUAUGGGAUUGUGGAAAGGGGAGAGAUUAAUAAGUAAUUCAUUAAUAAUUCAAAAUUAGUGAUGGAUCCCGGCACUGCUGGCCAGGCCAGGACUCCCACCCUUCAUGCUGCACAAAGCCUGAUAAUACAAAACCAGGCAGAGAGAGAUUGUCCCGGAGAAAUGCAACUGUUUUGCCAUCCCGUGCCCCACUAUAAGUAUGCACCUUUCUGACCCAAGCAGGCGGGACAGCUCUCCAAGGCUCCCAAGAGUCUUAUUUUCUGAAACAGCCGAGCCUAGAGAUGAUUGUCACCCUGGGCUGGGGGCUCUCAGGUGCCACCAUAUAAGAGAGUGCUGAGGGAGGAGGGAUGGCUCAUUAGCAUCCCAAAAAGAAGGAAAAAACAGGAUUCUGCAUCUGGGAACAGGACUAAGUCACUGGGCCCUGGGAGCUUCGAUGAUAGGGAAUGGGGCAGGGAAGAAAGUAUUCUUUCCUCAUUUACCCUGGUUCCUCUAGAUCCUCUCCCCACCCCCACCCAGCCUUCCUUCUGUCCCACAAGUGCCUCUGGGCAGCCCAGCCCCCAAUACCUGCUGGCCCCCUGACGCUAAACUCCUUUGGUCCAGCUCGUCACCCUUGCACGGGAGCAACCCCAGAAGUGACCACCCACGUUUGCACUGCAUGGGAUUCCCCAAUAAGGAAUCCCAUUAGCAUUCUUCUUAUCUUUUUUUUUUUUUUUUUUAAUUCUUAUUAAAGAAGCCAUAUCAACCAUUAGCAAAUAGAGGCAAACCUCUCACCUCUGCUUUCAUAGCCAGUGCCUGCUAGGCCAAAGUUUAGCAAUACUCUUAGUGGUGCCAAUUGUAGAAGAGACCAAUGGGAAACUUUCUCUUUUCCAUAUAUUCACCCAAGUAUCUUGCUUUGAAUUACCUAUUUGUUAAAGUGCUCCCCAAAUUUGUUAAACGAGCCAUCCUCUUCUAGGCCAGUGUGAAGGAGGCCUUUCAGAUUUUUUAUUUUUAAUUCUUCCUGACAAACAAAACAAAACAAAACAAAGGGAGGCCGUCCUUUCCGAAGAUCCAGCCCAGCGCCAGAGUCCUCAGUCUGGGACAACAGCAAUCGGGGCUGGAGAGCACCUGGCUGUCGGAUGAGCUCGUGCUGGAAUGGGGUCGCAGGGAACUGUGACCAAAGGCCAACGGUGGAGCUCCGAUAAUGCCUUUGCAUCUGGGCAGUGGUGGAGGGAGGAAGUGGAGGGAGAGGAGAGGGAUCUAUAUGGUGAUUGAUUGUAUGUAAUGAAGUGUUUCUCUGAUUAAAUUAAAUGCAGUUGUUUUUUUUUGUUGGUGGUGCAUAUAUUCCUAUUUUCAUUAAAUUAACUUUAUUUCCAAAGCCUAUUUUGAUUCACCACAAAGAGCAAUAAAGCAUUGAAUCUUAUUUUUAAGGUUGUUCCAGUUGUGUGUCAUUUUUAAAUGGGGAUGGGGGUGUCUUACAGAUCAACAAAUAAUUUCAUUAAAUUAACUAUUUCCAAAGCCCAUUUUAAUUCACCAUGAAAGGCAAUAAAUAGCACAUUGAAUUCUUAUUUUAAGGUUGUUCCCAUUAUGUGUCAUUUUAAAUGGGGGUGGCGGUGUCUUAUAGAUCAACAAAUAUUUUCAUUGAAUUAACUUUUAUUUCCAAAGCCCAUUUUGAUUCACCACAAAAAGCAAUCAAUAAAGCACUGAAUCUUA